ACGCGAAACUCCAGCUUUACCUGUGUCAUUUCAGUUACACUGGGUGAUCCGAGCACGCUGGCACUCGCAACAUAUGUUCGUCGUGCAGGCUAUACACCUGUUCAAUUGCAGAGUCUCAAGGGGGAAAUGAAAGAAUGAAGCACUUUGCUAAGAAAUCCGACCGGGAAGGCACACCUAGCCCACUAUACAGAUUAUACUAGUGUGGCAACGAGCGUUCAAUUCACUUCAGAAGUUGUCGCGCUGCGUGUUAACUGCUUUCCGUGUCUGCUUGGGGAUAACCGGUGUCAGAUUUGAAAGCGCCACUGCUGUUUUAAAAUCCGCUUUUUUCCCCUGGAUUUGGCGUGUGCUCACAUUCUGCAGAAGGCAAGUGCGUCCGUCUGUCUCCGUGAAGCGAGAGAGCGAGAGAGCGAGGGAUGGGAUCCAGCCGGCAUCCCCCCCGGCUCGUGUGCACGCAGGGAGAGCCCCGGCGCCCGUAAGUGUACCCCGAAGGAACAUUCCUGCUGGGGCAAGUGGUCACCAAGGAGCUUCUCCUCCAGAGCCCACCAUGGCCAAAAACACUUCUCUGUAUUUUCGGAUCGUGGAAGGAAGAAACCUGCCUGCAAAAGAUGUCUCUGGGACGAGUGAUCCUUACUGUCUGGUGAAAAUUGACAAUGAAGUUGUAGCCAGGACAGCAACUGUGUGGAAGAACCUGAACCCAUUCUGGGGAGAGGAGUAUACCCUGCACCUGCCCAUGGGCUUCCACACUUUGUCCUUCUAUGUCAUAGAUGAGGACACCAUUGGGCAUGAUGAUGUCAUUGGGAAAGUAUCCUUGAGCAAAGAAACUAUUGCUGCCCAAUCCAAAGGGUUGGACAACUGGAUGAACCUGACGCGGGUCGACCCGGACGAGGAGGUGCAGGGGGAGAUUCACCUGGGUCUGGAGCUGUUGCGGGAUGGCCCGAGGAUGGCCCUGCGGUGCCACGUCAUCGAGGCCAGAGAUCUUGCACCACGAGACAUCUCAGGUACUUCAGACCCCUUUGCUCGCAUCAUAUUCAACAACCACAGUGCAGAGACCUCGAUUAUUAAGAAGACCCGUUUCCCUCACUGGGACGAGCUGCUGGAGCUGGAGCUGGAGGCAGAGGAGCUGCCAGAGGAGAAGUGCGUCAUGCUAGAAGUGUGGGACUGGGACAUGGUGGGGAAGAAUGACUUCCUAGGGAAGGUAGAGAUCCCCAUGGCCUGUUUGCAAAGGACCCCACUCUUGCAGGGCUGGUUCCGGUUGCUGCCCCUGGGAAACACUGAGGAUGACGCAGGGGGUAAACUGGGAGCACUGAGGCUAAAAAUCCGAUUGGUGGAGGAUCGCAUCCUGCCCUCCAUGUACUACCAGCCUCUCAUUGACCUUCUGGUGGAGUCUGUCAUCUCCCCUGCUGAGGUGGAGGACACGACUCCCUUGACCAUGCUGGAGGAGGUGACCACGGUCGAGAGCCGACAGGAUGUUGCCAUGACUCUGGUGAAGAUCUACCUGGGCCAGGGGCUGGUGGUUCCCUUCCUGGACUACCUCAACACUCGAGAGGUGCACCAAACAUCGGAUCCCAACACCCUGUUCCGGUCAAAUUCCUUAGCUUCAAAGGCGAUGGAGCAGUUUAUGAAGGCUGUGGGGAUGCUCUACCUGCACGAAGUCCUGAAGCCCAUUGUGAACCGCAUCUUCGAGGAGAAGAAAUACAUUGAGCUGGACCCAUGCAAGAUAGAGCUGAACCGCACGAGGCGCAUCUCUUUCAAAGGCUCCCUGUCGGAGGCUGAGGUGCGGGAGAGCAGCCUGGAGCUCCUGCAGGCCUACCUGUCUGACAUCAUGGCCUCCAUCAUGAGCUCAGUAGCCCAGUGUCCUCCAGUCAUGAGGGUGGCUUUCAAGCAGCUGCACAAGAGAGUGGAAGAGCAAUUCCCAGAGCCAGAGAACGAGGAUGUGAAGUAUCUCGCCAUCAGUGGGUUCUUCUUCCUGCGCUUCUUUGCCCCUGCCAUCCUGACGCCCAAGCUCUUCAACCUCAGGGACCUCCACGCAGACACGCGCACUAGCCGCACCCUGCUGCUCCUGGCCAAGGCAGUUCAGAGUAUUGGGAAUCUGGGGCUGCAGCUGGGCCAUGGAAAGGAACAGUGGAUGACCCCCCUGCACCCCUUCAUCCUGCGCAGUGUGGGUUCUGUCAGGGACUUCCUGGACAAACUCAUCGACAUCGACAAUGACAACGUGCCGGAGGCUCAUCAGCGAGCGGUGUUCCUGCCCUCGGUGACGGUGAAGGAGGGUUACCUGCACAAGCGCAAGGCCGAGGGGGGGCAGCUCCUGCCCCGCUUCGCCUUCAAGAAGCGCUACUUCUGGCUGAGCAGCGAGGCGCUCUCCUACGCCAAGACUCCGGACUGGCAGGUUCGCUCCUCCAUCCCUAUCCAGCGCAUCUGUGCUGUGGAGCGGGUGGACGAAAAUGCUUUCCAGCAGCAGAACAUGAUGCAGGUCAUCACUCAGGACAACGACGGGCAGCUCCACACCAUGUACAUCCAAUGCAAGAAUGUGAAUGAGCUGAACCAGUGGCUGUCGGCCAUUAGGAAGGCCAGCAUCUACAAUGAGCGGAUGCUGCCAUCCUUUCACCCAGGAGCCUUUCGCAGUGGCCGGUGGACCUGCUGCCUGCAGAGUGACAGGACAGUGCUGGGCUGCAGUCGCACCCACUCCGCUGUGACCCUGGGUGACUGGAGUGACCCUCUGGACCCUGAUGCAGAGACACAGACCAUUUACAAGCAGCUGCUGCAGGGCAGAGACAUGCUCAGGUCAGUCAGCAUGCAUCCAUAUCCUGUACGGACCAAUUCAGCUUUCUCUCAUGCUUUAGCACUUCCUGUUAUAUCAGAAGGGGCAAAGAGACUUGGAACAGACUGCAGCCAUUUACGGGACCCCACACCACCAAAAUACGGGGUGCAGCGGAGCCGCAAGUUCCACGAGCGCAGGAUGGCGGCCGCCGCGCGACUGCUGGACGUCGUGCAGGACCUGGAGCGCGCUCACCUGGCCUUCGAGCGGCGAGAGAAGGAGGAAGCUGCCAACGAAAUCCUGUCCCCCUAAUUCUGCCCUCUUGGGAAAAGAGGUGGGGCCGUGGUGAUGACAUCACUCGCGGGAAGCCACACCUGUUUCCCAGCAGCCCCUGCAGGCAGGACUAUCCCAGGUGUCCUUGGUGCCAUGUCCCAGACUGAUGCUUAAGAUUGUGGGCUUGCCUGUCAGACAGUUGUCAAGUCUUUUAAAAAGCAAAGACAGGGAAGAGGGAGUUGCAGGCGCAAAACCCUCUCUCUGGGAUGCUAGAAAUGCACCUGACUCACAAGGGUCAGAGAUUUUUUUUACAGGUGGCUAACAAAAAAAAAACUUAGUGCCUAAAUUCAAUGCAAAAGAGUACAUCCUGAGACAGGAGCUAUGCCACUGUGGGAUUUAAACAGAAUCAGACAUUGAAAUACCGAAAGAAGUCUGACACUGCACUCAAACUAGCACGGAGCUAGUCGAUCCAGACUUCAAAAUCAAAAACUAUACACUGACAAGCAGCAUAAAGGUUAUACACUGGAUAGUCCAAAAGCUUAAACAGUGUGGACUUAUUUGAGCUUUCCUUGCACACACAUGGAUUGUUUUAUGGCAGAAGCUACUGUAGCUGAAGAGGGUUGUUUCAAACCGAUUCUAGCUAUUGGAUUAGUAUUUUCAGGUUUUCUGACACAGCUAAUAUCACAAUGCAUUUCAAAGACAAGCCAGACAAUACACAUUCAAUAUACAUUCUGACCAAAACAUUAACCUUGGGAAUUCUGGAAACAAAAUGCAGCACGUCUUUCAUGUAAGUGUCUAGAUUUACCCUGCCUUUAAGGCCAGUUGAUCGACUGUGCAGUGUGGAAACCCAUUUCUUCUUCAACACAACUCUUUUGUAACUGCUAUUGCCUUUACACUUGAAGAUGUAUCACAAUGGCAAAGCCUAAUGUAGCAGUUUUUUAUUUUUAGUGUUCAAGUCUGAAGGAAGCAAUUUGAUAAUUUGGGUCCAAUUUCUUCAUAAGUGUUUAGCUCUUUUUCUAGAUCUCUUCAUCAUUCCUUCUCCUCCUCCUGGGGCCACUUGCCCCUGUCUCUCACUAAACGGCUUUAGCAGCUGCCAGUUUCCCUCUCUCCCUCACACCUGAAGAAGGCUCCUCGGCCGAAACGUUGCGUCAUUAUCUUUCUGCACUGAAUAUACUUUUACCUGUUUCUUUGCAACCUAUGUAUACUGAUGCAGCUACCUAUUUGAUACUUCAUAUAAUAUAUAUUACUAUAAAUGUAGUCAUAUAUAUUAUACAAUACUGUGCAGACGUUAUGGAUGCUUUCCAUCUAUUGACUGCUACGUUAUUUACGUCUGCUUUAUGUUUUUUACAAUUUCCCUCUUUUGGUUGCUGAGGUAUUUACGAUAUUUGCUUUAUAAUUGCUUAACACUUUAAAUCUGAUUACCAACAUAACUUCAAGGAGUUUUGUUCUGACAUCAAUAGCAUUUUGGCAAGUAUCUCUCAGCACUUUUGUUUAUAAUGAGCUUAACUUCAUAUCCUGUUGGUUUGAACAGCAUGUUCCUAAUUAUCAUCUCCUGAUCUAACAAGGAAGACUUUAAAACUCUUUUGCUCAACUGCAAUUUUUUUCCACACUUUCAAAAACUAUGGUCUAGCGAAAAACAUGUAAUUUUUCUUUGCAAAUGCAGAAAAUAGGUGUUUUUCUCCUUAUUUAAAAAAAAAAGGCCAUCCUUUAAAUUCGUCUUGAUCUCUUAUUUCAUGGACUGUUGGUGGGAAUUGUUUGUUUUUAUUAUUAAUCUUUGGAAUGUUUUUAAUACUACAACCAACUAAAACCAAGAAUCCAGCCCCUAGUGGGUGUGAACUCGUGCCUGCCUGGCCUGUUUGCCUUCCGUUGCGGAUGGGAAUUUCAAGUGUAAUUGCUAAAUCAAGCUUUAGGGGGCACUGGUUUCACAGUUAAACAGACAUUAUCGAUGGAAACUGUGCUCAGGAGGACAGUGGUGAUUCAUUUCCAUGAAAGAAGGAUGAGCAAGCGGGGCUCUGAACGGUCACAACAGGAUGAAAACUAUUGUCAUGGAUGAGGCCAUCUCCAGCUGUUGUAUGAAUCUAAAUAGUAUUAAGAGGGACAAAGCAGCCAAAGGUGAUGAUUCAUGAUCUAAAGGCAGUACCUACCUUCUGUGUCUUCGCAUCUCAAAAGUGUGGCUGAUCCAUCAAUUGGGAACGUUGUACUUGCAACUCCACGCUGGAUCCACCUCAUUUUACCAAACUGGCUCGGAGCAUCUGGCUCCAUAGUUGAGGAAGUGUAUUGUGGUACAGUACCCUGGCUCCAUGUUGGCAAUGAGCAAACGAGAAUGUGUGCAUUGCUACUUUCUCACCUGGAACGUGUGUUGUGGAUUGGCCACGCAUAGUGAGAAAAGAAAAUUUUGGGGACUCUGGCUAAACCUUCAUAUAGGACCAAAGGCUUUUUGAAUGCUAGCUCUCGCUUCCUCAGAGUUUGCUCUUUUCCAAUGUCUUUUUCCUGAAUUAAAUGGACUUGAUCAACCAGAAGAAGGAUAAAUCCAGACUUUCAUCCUUAUAUGACAGCUGGGUCAUACAGUAGUUGGUCAAAACCUUACUGUCUAAAAACCUGCAAGUCAAGAGAAGUCUAUGGGAAAUCAGUUGUACAAUAAGUUUUUGUUAAUAUAAAGGUACAUUCUCGUAAGAGCAUGUCUAAUAUUUAGUCUUGUUUUGCUGCCUUAUUGUUCAAUGUGUGCAAUUAAAAGAAUGGUGUAAGUACUUUGUAGGUGGUUUAUAGCAGACUUUGUCCCUGCUAGAGUGCUUUUGUAACUGCAAAGACAUAUAUUUUACUGUGUGAAAACGAUAUGGCUUUUUGAAUCAGCCAUUAUCUGGUCACAUUGUGGAAAAAGAAUGUCUGCUUCAGUCACCUCUAGUAUAUGUAUAGGUUUCCACUCAAAACAGAGUUGAGCUUCAGUUGUUUCUAGACUGUCUGUCAUAAACACAACAAGUUGCUUGUAAGUUGAUUUGCUUAAUUGGGCAACUGAGCAAACCUAGCGCCUAGCGCUAAAAAGCACUGUUGACAAUGCACUCCAGUUGUUGCAGCAUGGCCUUGUCUACCUCACUUAAUGUAUUUUGGGGAUUCUUGUACAAUAUUGCAAUUUGCUCAUCUUCCUGGGAAACACUUUAGGCUAAACAUUUUCAGCUUGCAGCAGAUAAUAUUAGUGACGAUGCAUGCCACCUGGUUUUGUUAUUCUAUAUGGGUUUUGUCCUGAAAGGCUUCGGUUAAACUCUGCUGGUGCCGCAGACACUUCACACUAAUUUAGAAAGCCCUUGCAUUGGUGCUGAUGUUUCUUUAAGUGUUUUAAAAGUGCCCUGAACUUGGUUUUACAUGCUCUUGGAAGUUACCAGUCAAAGAUUGGUUUUGUAAUGAAAAAGUGACAUUUGACUCUAGCAUUUUGUUUUUCAGAACAACAUGUCAAUGAAGAAGUUUUUAAACUAUUUAUUCUUCCCUGAUAACCUUUCUCAAGAGGUCUGCUAUAAUGUAUUUUACUGCAGCUUCCUUCUUAUAUAGUUGUGAUUAAUGCAGUGCCUUGUCAGGUUAGAAUGAGUAGCCUUGACACACAGAUAAUAUAUCUGAAACAAAACAUUGGGCACUAGACUGAGCAGAUGUGCUCACAUUCUUGUCAGAUAGCCUGUCCUUGUACAUCAAACUGUAUUUGAAGGAGAUACUGUCACUUAUAUUUAUUACAAGAGCAGCUAAUGUUGUGAAACAGGACAAUUCAGGUUUUAACAGAAUUGCUUAUCGUAGUAGAUCUCUGUAUUUGAGAAAAAUCAGACAUACUGUAGAAUCAUUUUGUUUUCCACUUCUUCCCUGCGGCAGGACAUUGCUUUGGUUAAUACUGAGAGAACCAAGUGUCUGAAUUUACACUAAAAAUGAUUUCCCCUGUACUAAAUUCCCCUUUUAUUAUUCGGUCUGAUAUACAGUACAUAAGGAGUAGCCUCUGAAGUACGUUUCUUUGUGGUUUAAUAGUAAAGCAGGUCUUGUAGGGACAUAUCUUAGCAGAAUGUGUGACAGUGAAGUACUGGAAGAGUGAUGAGGAAGAAUUUAGCAAUCGAACGCAACGAAACAUAAACUGCCCCCAAGCUUGGUAUGUUAUGGCGCUCAAAGACAAAGCCUUGAAAAAUCCAAAACAAUGGAUUAAAUUAACAGCAAAUCCUUUACAGUGGUAAUUAACCAGGCUGCUUCCAUGUUUUCAAUCGAUCUUUUCAAAAUGUCCCGUGACGGUUUGAGUUGCGUUUUCACAUUGACUAGAUAAUUCUCACGUGCCCUUAUUUAUUAUUGUGUAUCAAAUCUAGCCUAGGUCAGAAUCUGCAUUCUUAAGAUUUACUGAAAACAUUUCAAAUACUGAGCUUUUGACACAGUUUGUCUUAGAGUAAAAUGUAUUUUGUACAUUUAAUGGUAGUGAGGUCUCUUACAGAAUGAGGUGAUGUUGAAUCUCACUAAAAAUCUUUAUGAAUAUUUCUAUAACAUUUGGAAGACAUGUUUUAUGAUUAUUGUUGUGUGUGCCAGUAUAUAUUAACACUUGUGAAGCAGAAGGGGAGAUUAAUGCCAAACAAAUUUGCCAAAAUGUAUUCCUGUGAAAGCUGGUAACAUCUGAAUAUGUAUGCCUUGAUGUAUAAAGUGAUUAAACAUAUGGCUUUGAAGAAACAAAAAUCUUUUUUGAUCAAUUUUUUUAUUUCCAUGUCAGACCUGGAAAAUUUGGGUCUAAUAUCUUUUCAGUUUAGCAUGUAAUUUAGGAAGAUUUAUAACUGAAGCCAUUAAUGUUUCAUCUCUUAUUGAUUAAUAAUGAGUAUUAUGUUUAUGUCCUGUCUAUUUAGUAGAUUAUAUUGAAAAGUACAGCUUUUCAAUGCUUUUCAGUGGGAGAAAAUAUUUAGAGGGAAUAUAUCUCUUCGAAUCACUCUGUGUCCAAAUGUCGUUUCUUCCUUAUCAGCUGUUCUGCUUUGAGAAGUCUCAUCGUAAGCCACCAGAGUGGGAAGUAAAAACAACCAGCAGAAACAUCGUGGCUCAAGGGAGAAGUUAGAAGUUUCACUGAAAUGUGCUUCACAAUUCUGAGACUGUCUGAGCACGGUUUAGGUCAGAAUGCAGCCCACUGAUGAACAUGUGACAACUUUGUGUUUGAGUGGGUUUUGGAUGCAUCUACUCUAGUGUUCACGACAAAAGGCAACUGGAGUGGUGAGAGCUCUGGACUCAGGUCCCAGGUGAAGACUUUGAGGAAGUACUUCUGAUCUAGAAUGAAGGCAGAUGUCUGGUUCGGAUACAGAGUGGGACAUGAUGAAUGACCUGACAAGCUAAGGAACUUGAAGCAGCUCAGACCUGUGUUGUGAAUAAAGUGCUAUCGUUUUCAGAACCUGGAAAAUUUAAACAUAGUAAAAGACCAAAUUAAAGUGAAUACUUCACACGUUCAGCUUCAGUAACACAUCUUUCCAGGCGAGGUAGAAUUUUUCCACUUGCGGUUUAACAGUCUGAUCCAGCUGAUACUCCUACCUCAGAUAUAUUGACAUUUAAAAAACACAGUUUAAAAAUUGGGAAGUGAUUUCAAAUGAUCCAGAAAAAAAGAGCUGGCACCAUGGGCACAAAGGUCAAAGGUUUAAAUUUUGCAAAUCAAAGCUGGCCAAAUCAUAAGCCUUUCAAGCAAUAGAAAUGAAUAAAACCUACACGAAUGACAAUGGCAAGAGCAAUCACUCCGAACUCUGAAUUAAAUUUCCCAGACUCUCAGCAAAACAAGAAUUUGGAGGCAGUGUCAACGGAGAGAUUUCGUGCUCUUCGCUUGCAUAUGAGGAUGGAAGAGGGAAAUGAAGAACUGAAAAACCGAGUCACCUGGAAAAAGACAAAAUUGUUUUUUUCCUCACACCCAUGUUUCCAUAUUUUUGCUGCUGCUGCUAAUCAAAUACAAAACAGUGUUUAAUUAAAGCAGUAAUUGCCACUUCACUGCCAAGCAGGAACAACCUGAGACUGUCAACAUGCCGACUCUCCCCACUGAGUGAUUUCCAGCCCCUCUCAGCCAAUUGAAUCCAAAUAAUUGAACAAUUGCUUUGUUAACAACCGGGAUAAAAACACUGAAUAAUACAACAUAAUCAUUAACAAAACAAAACGUCUUUAGACUCCUGGAAUUUGGGGCAUACAAAUGAUCAGGCAUACAUACUGUAGAGCAGGGCCUGUGGAAAACAUCCUGAGAAUGAGAACAGUGUACCGAUGAAACAGCAAGGUGACCUUAAAACGGCCCUGGCUUUUUACCCCUUCUUAAUGUCACCCAGCAGUGCGCCUGUAGGGAUUUCACUUCCAAGAAUGUGUUAACCCAUAUGGUACUGUACUGUACAUGUCUCACCUCCAUCCACUGGCCCAGCAGCAGGGUGUUUGGCUUUAACAUUUCUGUGCCCAUCUAGCACACUGACUACACAUAUCACAGAGCUAUGCAUUAAACGGAUUUCUCUAACUGUGUGCCAUGGUGUGGAUGCACCAGGUUUUGAUGAUAAUGUAUAUGAUAAGGUUGUUGCUUUUUAAUGUUGUCCAUAAAAGGGGGCAGCAAAUGUACUCUUAUACAUUAGAGAGCUACUGUAGGCCGAGCAUGUGCGCGUUUGCAGACUUGGCAGAGUCGGCAUAGAUAACACAGAGCUUUGCAAGUCUUUCACCAUUACAGACCAAGCUGCUGAUUCAAUUAAGUGCUCCUAGCCUCUGUGACAUAGCCCCACACGAGCACUGCCCAGAAUGGUAUUAAUCUGGCCAUUACAGCAUUAAUCGGGUGUUUGACUCACUUAUCUAUUUUUCCAGUCUCGUUCUCUGAAGAGCAGCAAAGGCAGACAGUUUUGAGAAGACAGCAGGUGAGCUAGGCCUGUUAAACAAUACUACUGUUUACAUCAAAUAAAAGCUUAAGAGAGGGAAACAAUUUGAGAUUUGAAAUGUCUAGUAACAUGCAUGGCAGUGUUUUCACCCUUUGCGAUGUGUUCUGGCAUUCAACUCAUUGCAGCAAAACAAAUGCACACAGAAGUUAA